CGGCGGCGGGCGGCAGCAGGAGCUGGCGGAGCGGCGGAUGCUCCGCUCGCGCUACCUCGCCGUCAAGAGCCUCAUCAGCGAUGAGAAGGAUGACAUGGCCAAGGAGGACUCCGACAAGUUCGCCGCCAUCAUCACGCAGGUGGAGAGUCUGCACGAGCUCGUGCAGAAGCCUAGGGAGCAAAUAGCUGAUGCAGAGGCUCUGCUGGACAUUACAACUACUUUAGUCAAAUCCGUGAGGUCCCAAUCAAGUGAAGGAAUCACACCUUCUGAUUUCGUAACAGCAUUGCUGGCGAAAUUCGGGCAGCAAGCAAGCCUUGAUUCUGAGCCUGUCUCAUUGCGCUGGGCUGAUGUUGGGCUUUCUGCUUCACAUGUCUUCAGGGCUGUGCCUGGAUGCAGCACCAUGCUUGGACCCAUGGACACAGAAGUAAAGCAGCGCAAGGUUUCAGUUGUUAGCAGAAAAAGAACUGCCAGGCCAACUGAAAAUACACGUCCUGAAGAGCUUGCUGAUUCUUCCGAGGUAGCAAAGUCAGACACUGACCGGAAUGUGUCUGUUGUAUUUGAUAUCCUGAGGAAAAAGAAGAGCGCAAGGCUGGAGAACCUUGUUUUGAAUAGACAGUCAUUUGCCCAAACGGUUGAGAAUGUUUUUGCACUGUCUUUCCUAGUUAAAGAUGGCAGGGUAGCAAUAAAUAUUGAUGACAAUGGGCACCAUAUCGUCAAUCCAAGAAAUGCACCUGCUGCCAGUGCUAUAGCGUCAGGAGAAGUCUCCUACAGCCAUUUUGUUUUCCGAUUUGAUUAUAGAGAUUGGAAGCUUAUGAAAGAAGUCGUUGUGGAUGGUGACGAACUGAUGCCACACAGGACUCAAAGCAGUCUCUCUGGUGAAGAUAAUGAAGAGCGCCACAAUGAAGAUAACGAGGAGCAUAGUGAAGAACGUAAUGAAGAGUUGGAGGCAUGCGCACAACGGACACCGAUCAGGAAACUUUGCCGCAACCGAGGUUUGGUUCUGCAAGAGCAAAUGGUUGUCGCGGAGACACCCGAGGGGGACAAAACCUCCAAACGCAGGCGUCUUUUCAGAGGUGAGGAGUGACCUUGGUUGGAAUAUUCACGCUGCCUGCUACGCCUUGUGUUUGUAUGUAGAGAUGUCACGCUAUUAACUUAUCCAUUGUAGAACAGUAGGUGUGUGCUGUAGCACAGCUUGUGCUAGUCCUUAUUUUGAGCUGUAGAGAUCGAGCGGUACAAAUGUAAGUAGAUCCCACACGGAUCUCUUUAGAUCUGGCGGCUUAAAUAACGUUCUUGGGUCGGACUUGGAUACUGUA